AUGGUACUGAUGAUGGAGAAGAGUCUUUGGAGCUCCAUGAACGCAAAAAUAAUUGGAUCAGGGAAAGAGUGUGUGGUGUUAGCUCAUGGGUAUGGAGGAGAUCAAUCGGUUUGGGAGAAAAUAGUUCCACACUUGACCAAAAGUCGUUACCGUGUGCUUGUCUUCGAUUGGAGCUUCUCGGGUUCUGUGAACGAUCUGAACCUCUUCGAUCUUGAUAAGUAUUCUUCGUUAGAGGCCUUCGCUGACGACCUUAUUGUUCUCAUGGAUGAGAUGAACUUGACUUCCUCUGUUCUUAUUGGCCACUCUAUGUCUGGUAUGGUUGGUUGCAUUGCCUCUAUUAAACGACCUCAUCUCUUCAAGAAGCUCAUACUCCUUGGAGCUUCUCCUAGGUAG